AUGAUUUCAUCAUUGAGACAACCUAGCAUUUCGAUCAGUGGUUCUGAUGUUGUUUUAAGGAAAAGACAUGCAACCCUAAUUCAGCCACAACCACAAUCGUUUUUACCUUUACUGUCAAGAGGGAAAUCACUGAGAUCUGUUGUUUCGUUGAAGAAGCCUCUUCAUCUUGCAUGUAUUGGUGUUGGAAAUUUUGGGUCAGUGGAGAAAUUUGAAUCAGAUGAGAGUUUUGGGAAAAGUGAUUUGGUGAAGUGUGGAGCUUAUGAAGGUGAUAGAUCAGAGGUUGAAGGUGGUGGUGGAGCAUCAUCAGAAGCUGCUAAGAAGGUGAAAAUCGGGAUAUAUUUUGCGACUUGGAUUGCUGAAGCUCCUAAGACUGAUCUUGAGUUUUGGAAGACUUUGUUCCCUGUUGCUGUUGCGCACACGAUUGGACAUGUAGCGGCUACGGUUAGUAUGUCCAAAGUUGCAGUAUCAUUUACGCAUAUCAUCAAGAGUGGCGAGCCUGCUUUUAGCGUUCUUGUUUCGAGGUUUGUUUUGGGCGAGUCUUUCCCCGUGCCGGUCUAUCUGUCUCUACUUCCAAUCAUUGGUGGAUGUGCACUUGCUGCUGUGACUGAGCUCAAUUUCAAUAUGAUCGGUUUUAUGGGGGCUAUGAUAUCAAAUCUGGCAUUUGUGUUCCGAAAUAUCUUUUCCAAAAAGGGGAUGAAGGGAAAAUCCGUUAGUGGAAUGAAUUACUAUGCUUGUUUGUCUAUUUUGUCCCUUGUGAUUCUCACACCCUUUGCAAUCGCCGUGGAAGGACCGGCAAUGUGGGCAGCUGGAUGGCAAACAGCUCUCUCUGAAAUCGGACCCCAAUUCAUAUGGUGGGUAGCUGCUCAGAGUAUAUUCUAUCAUCUAUACAAUCAGGUGUCUUACAUGUCGUUGGACGAGAUCUCUCCUUUGACAUUUAGCAUUGGAAACACCAUGAAACGUAUAUCAGUCAUAGUAUCUUCAAUUAUCAUCUUCCACACACCAAUCCAGCCUGUCAAUGCUCUGGGAGCCGCAAUUGCCGUCUUUGGAACCUUCUUAUACUCACAGGCAAAACAAUAG